AUGGUGCGUCGAAUCUACACGCCAACUCGACCCGAAACAAACACACCGGUUUGCCGGCCGAACGAAACGAGCUCUCAACGUCAAUCAUCAUCAUUUGGACAGUGCAAUUGCUCGGCUUCGCAAACGGACAGCUCGAUUCACGACUUUGAGUGCCCAUCUUUUCCGCAAGCUGAAUUGAAUCGUGGAAAGCCGCCGGUUUUCCCGAAACAAAACGUGAACUUGCGACGUCCCGAUGGGUUGUGGCCGAAUGCGAAAGCCACCGAUGAUGUCGAUCAAUCGUCAGCUGAGGAUCAAAUGGAGCACAUUCCCGAGAGCAUCGAACGUUUCCUUUCAAUCGGUGACACGACGACAGCUUUAUAUUGGGUGGAUGCGAAUUUCGCGAUGCAACGAAGAAAUGAGGAAUCCUACGUUCACUGUGCUGAAUAUGUUCAGAAUCUUUGCCGCGUCGGUGCAUGGGAGCGUUUGAUCACGUUUUCCGAGGAUCGUCUACUCCAUGAGAUUCACCUCUACUUUGCCUACUUCUACGUGACCGCUUUGUGCAAUCUGAAGCUCUAUGUAAUUGCGAUGAAUGCGAAGAUUGGGCAUUUGAUUGAAUUGGAAUCGGUGGAUUUAAACUUCGAGAAAGACACGCCGAUUCCAUUGAAAGUGCCGGCUCUCUCACCUCAAAUGCAGAAAACCUGGAUUAAACCGCUGUCACUCGAAGAGAAGGUGCAUCUUGAUGGAAAAGUGAAAGAGUUAAAGUUACUAUCUGCUUUCCUGUGCCGCUUGGGUAAAGCCUUCUUGGCGAUGGAGAAUCGCACGGCGGCGCUGCGCUUCAUUUGGACUGCUUGGUUGAGGGACAAGUACAACAUGGAGGCCGAGGAGUUGAUCAAUCGCUACAAUUUCGCCGAGGGCAAAAAGCGGCAGCAGCAAUGGGAGAAAUUUAUGAGUCGUCGCACGUAUCACUCAUCGCCGAACGAUCCGCGAUCGCUUUUCGUCCAAGCUCAGCAACAGUUCAACAAUAACAACGUGAAUGCCGCCUAUGCUUACACGAAAACGAUCAUUAAGGAGUACGGAUUGUAUAGGCCAGCCCUCCUCGUCCACCUCAAUUGUGCAGCUUCAGUCAAAGACACUUCUUCGUUGUUCCUCUUGGGACACGAGCUUGUCGAUCGGUGUCCGAAUGAUGAAAUCUCUUGGUACGCGGUUGCCAUGUACUACUUUAUGAUCGGGAACAAUGCGGCGGCGAAGAAUUUCAUGAACAAAGCAACGAUGAUGAACAGCGCUUUCGGCGAGGCUUGGGUCGCGUUUGGGCACAUUUUGUCGGCUGAAAACGAACAUGAACAGGCGAUGAAUUGCUAUUUGAAGGCUCUUCGCCUGCUCGAUCGUCACCAGGAUUUGUUCGUUUUUCUCGCCAUGGAGCAUUGCCGAACGAAUAACGCGAAAUGGGCAAUGGACUUUUUGAAGGACAGUCAUGCUGCCACGAAGGCGAUCGACGGAAACAAGACGAACCCGUACCGAGACCACGAGAGGGGAUACGUUCUCUACAGUCAGAAGCAAUACAAUGAGGCUCGAGAAUGCUUCACGAGAGCCCUCAAGAGUGUGCAUCCGGAUGCGAUCGAGAAAAAUGGACGAUUCGCGAGAUGCCAGAUAAUGCAAAUCGAUCGCUUCUGGGAGCCACUUAUCGCCAACUUAGCGCACACGUAUCGCAAAAUGGAAAAUUUUGCGAUGGCUUUGAUGUUGUACGAAUGUGCCAUAAUACUUGGCUCGGCGCGAGAGGGAACAAAUCUCGGGUAUGCAAUAGCUUUGGCGUCAUGCGGUGAUGUGGAUCGAGCGCUGAAACACGUGCAUCGAGUGCUCUCCUUCAACCCGCAUAGUGCGAUUGGACGUCAAAUGCUCAUAAAGUUGGUGGAAAGCCCUCCAGAUAUAAAGGUAACGUGUCUAUUCCCGGCGGGCACAAGCGAGGACGACGUAUUCGAUGAUGAGGUGGAACGCGAGAUGCCGGCUCGGCCACCAAACCCCGCGUCGACGCCAAUGAUUUUGCGCUCGGCCCUUCGCAAGAACAUUCCCGGAUCGCAGAGGAGACACGAGAUAAACACGAGAUCCAAAUUGGAAGUCACUAUUUUUGAUGGUCAACCGACUGUUUAUCGUUUACCGGAUCUCGGCAUCUCACCAAUCAUUCCACCAUCGUCCGACGAUGAUACGAUGGAAACAGAA